UUUUCUUUUAUAUUAAAGAAAUAAUAAAACAAAGGAUGAGUGAGACUGGGUCUGACCUUGACAGCAAUGGCUGCUUCUCUUCUCUCACUCUUCCGGCCAAACCUCACAUCCCGUAAAAUGACUGUAAAGCCCCUUGCUGUUCUCAACAAAUCCCGCAAGACGCGGAUUCCCUAUGAGUUAAAGCGGGGGCAAAACCGUCUUUUCCACCAGCUUCCUUCUGGUUUGAACAUGGAGGUGAUUGAGCAGAAGGGUAUUGGAGGUAAUAGCAAUACAAACCCAGAUAACGGAAGCAUUGAAAACCCACCUCUUGUUUUUAUUCAUGGAAGCUACCAUGCAGCUUGGUGCUGGGCUGAGCACUGGUUGCCUUUCUUUUCAAACUGUGGCUAUGAUUGCUAUGCCCUUAGCUUGUUGGGUCAGGGUGAAAGCGAUGGACCUGCUGGUUCUUUUGCUGGUUCUCUAGAGACACAUGCAGGUGACAUUGCUGACUUCAUCCAGAAAAAACUGAAGUUGCCACCAGUAUUGCUUGGACAUUCAUUUGGGGGCCUAAUUAUUCAAUACUUUAUUGCAAAUAUUAGAAACAAACAACUUAUAGCCUCUCCUGAAGGGGUCAGCUAUGAGAUUCAAACUUGCUUUGUUACAGAUAUUGAACAUAUUUUUUGGUCCUCACCAACAAAGCUUGAGCUUUUAGAAAUGAAGAAGCUGUGCCCCUACCCUGAUCUUGCUGGAGCUGUGCUUGUCUGUUGCGUACCUCCUUCGGGUAAUAGUGGGUUAGUGUGGCGGUAUCUCUUUUCCAAACCUAUUACUGCUUUGAAGGUGACUCGCAGCUUGGCAGCUAAAGCUUUUCAAACGGAUCUCUCACUUUGUAAGGAAACGUUUUUCACGUCAACAAUGGAGGACCAUCUGGUGAUGCGUUACCAGGAAUUAAUGAGAGAAAGUUCAAGAAUGCCAUUGUUUGAUCUACGGAAGCUAAAUGCAUCACUUCCGGUUCCUUCAGUGCCAAAAUCUUCCAUGGAAGUCCUUGUGGUGGGUGCAAGUGAUGACUUCAUAGUGGAUGCAGAAGGACUUGAUGAAACGGGAAGAUUUUAUGGCGUAUCACCAAUCUGUGUUGAAGGAGUUGCCCAUGACAUGAUGUUAGAUUGUUCCUGGGAGAAAGGUGCAAAAGUUAUCCUUUCAUGGUUGAAUGCUUUAAGCAGAUGAAGUGAACUCAUCCAUGCUUAGAAUGCCAAAGGCUUGUUCCUUGAAACUUGUGUAUCUAAUCCAACAGCAAUAGAAAAUUGAAAUUGAAAUGUAGCAUUACAGUUUUGGAGUUCUUAUUGUUUUGCACAAACUAGACAUGGGUUCGGUCUGGAUAUAGAAAAAGUAAAGAGAGAAGUAUAAGAGAUACCUGAAUAAGAGCGAUAUUAUUUUUAGGAGUAAAA